GGCGUCUCUUUCCCUCCCCACAGAUUGCACAGCUUCGAAUCCUGGGAUAUCGCACCGGCAUUUCCCUCCCUUCUUGUCCGCUUCGACGCACAGCACAUAGUACGUAUAUAACCGCUUUGCAGUGAAAGCACUGCUUCUGACCGUCUCUAUAUUGGCCGUCUGCGCUCAAUUUCCGCGAUCAUGACCGACUGGGGGGCCUUUACUGUGGUUCAGCUAAAGGAGGAGCUGAAGAAACGCGAUCUCCCCACAAAAGGGUUGAAAAUCGACCUUGUUGGGCGCAUGACGCAGUGGGAACAGGACCAGGGAACCGCUCAACAGGAAAAGGCUGGAGGUGCUGCUGCUGGUGUCGAAGAAACUGAAGAGCAGGAAGACGUGCCUGCACUCCCCGUGGGAGAGCCACCUGAGCAGGAUGCUACUCGCAAGGCUCCAUCUCGCAGGGGUGCGGCUGGAAAGAAAGCAGCGGAGAAGGCUAAAAAGUUGGAAGAAGAGAACACACCCGCACCAGAGGAAAAGAAUUCUGACGUAGAGGCGGCCCCCCAAGCGAAUAUCGAAGAGCCUGCCCCACCGAAGAACGACGGGCGGUCAAAGCAAGGAAAGAGGAAAGCGCUCGAGGUAGAGGAGGAUGGCACUGAAGAACAAGCUGCCACUUCCAGCGUUGCCGCCAAGAAGGCAAAGUUGGAUCCAACGCCGGUGGAACAGGAGCUUGAAGAGAAGCGUGACGAGGCGCCAAAGCCGAAUGGCAGCUCGAAGGUCACGUCCGCGGCGAACGCCAAAACCAGUGAGCCACGGGCAUCGCCCGUGAAGUCUGCAGUCAAAGAAACGGAAAGAGUCGCGUCGCCAGAGGAGAACGCACCUCAGUCUUCUACUGUAGAGUCCCAGCCGGGCGCAACAACCGGUGAAACGUCUGCCUCGCCCGUGAAGGCUGCAGUAAAAGCCAAGGAAACAAAUGCCUUGCCGAAGAAAAGCAUACCCCAGUCUUCCAGCUUGGACCCACAGCCGAGCGCGAAAAACAGUGAGCAGCCAGCAUCGCCCGUGAAGGCUCCGGUCAAAGCCACGGAAACAACUGCCUCGCCGAAGAAAAGCACACCUCAGUUUUCCGGCGUGGACUCUCAACCGAGCAAAGGGAAAUCCUCUGUUCCGAAGGAGGUGUCAACCCGGGCAGAAGCGGCUCCCGCGGAAAAGAAGCCAGCGUCGCCGACCAAGUCACAUGUCAAAUCCCAACCCGUUGCGGAAACAUCCUCGAGCAAUGAAAAGCCUAAUGGCGCCGAGAUUCACAACGAAAAUGGUGGCAGCACUCUUUUGAUCCGCAAUUUCAAAAGGCCUUUGACUCUCCAGCAAGUGAACGAUCUGCUGGCGGAGUCUGGAGACGUUGAACAGUUUUGGAUGGAUAAGAUCAAAUCACAUUGCUAUGUUACUUUCAAGACAGCGAGCCAAGCUGAGGCAGCUGCCGCGCAAUGCAACGGUUUGCAGUUUCCACCUAUCACAGGGCAAGCACUCGCUUGCGAGUUUGUCUCCCGUUCCGACGCCGAUGAAGCCAUCAAACGGACCGAAGCAGAACAGGCACGGCGUACAUCAAGCCUAAGCCUGUUUCCCGACUCCCGCUACGGCUCCCGAUCAUCGUUCUCGUCUGUCAACUCGACUCCGAUUACGGGACCGCACUCUGCAUCCCCCACACUAUCAUUCCUACCCCCAGUCCCCGUUAUUGACCCAGAGUACAAGCCGCCACCGCUUCCUGAGGAUGCUCGUCCCAACGAUUCAAACUUUCGGAAGACAACUGCAGAUCCGGUUAUCUACUACAGACCGCUGACGGAAGAAGAAGUUGAAGCACGUCGCAGCGUUCCGAAGCCCGUGAAACCGGCAGCGGCUCGACCUCCCUUCCCACCACGUAACAAUAACUUCCAACCCCCGAUCCCAAUCGACCGCCGCCGCGACUUCCCCAACGACCGCUUCCCUCGCAGAGGCGACGAUACCCGAGACGGCUUCCCAAACUCCGACCGCCGUCCCCGCGACUUCCGCUCCAACCCGCGCGACAGUCCAGCAUUCAUCCCCAACCGCUUCAGAAAUACCUACGCACCAAGCGGCAGGAUCAGGUCCCCCGACAACUGGAGACCCUCCGCCCCUUCAUCAUCCGCCCGCCGCAGUAGCAGGAGUCCCGACUACGACCGCGGAAAAGGGUAUGGCAGAAACUGGGACAGAAGCCGAAGCCGAAGUCGUAGCAGGAGUCCUGUACGAGGCGGCGCGAGGAGCGAUACGUACCGUGGGGGACGGGACAGGGGUGGUGAUCAUUAUAGGGGGGGAGGGAGCAGGCAUUGAUGCGGACGUCGUGAGCGGAAGGAAAAUGUAUAUUUGAUGGACACAAUUCGUUUUCUGGUGCGCUUCGCGUUUUCGUUUUCGGCCGUACCCUGUGUCUCCCUGCGUUCUACAUGUUUUCUUUACUCCCCGCCGCAUAUUUCCCCAGUACUUUAGGCGAUCAACGUUCAGCUUGCUGCCCUAGUCCCUUGGUGUCGUUUUUUUUUUUGUUUCGAAUCGUGACAUACGUAGUUUGAUGCAAACUCCAUUGCAAGCCCGAAAUGAACCCACGGUUCCCCUUCCCCGCCUGCCGUUGCCGUCAAAUCCCUUAAGAGAUUGCCAGUGAC